AUAAAAGAUUUGAUAAAACCAUAUCUUGUGGCCUAGAAACCAUCGUACCAUGCCAAGAUGGGAGCUUAAUGCAAAUAUUAGGUAGAAUGAAGACUUAAAUUUAAAUCUAUUAAGCGAGUUAUAUUCGUUUAGUUAUUGAAUCAAAUUAGAUUAGGCUUUUUGGGUUAGGUCUACAACAAAGGAAGGAUAUUUCAAUAUGUGUGGAUUCUCCUCUAUGCAUUAUAUGAGAAAAGGCAGUGAGUAGAGAACUAGAGACAGACAGAAGACCCCCCACUUCCGCUUGCAUUAUUGCCACCCACUACAACUAUUGUGAUACAACGACAACUACUGCUUCAGCAAAAGCCAAUUAAAGCUAGCUAGCUAGCUUCCACCAUCUUAAUGGAACCAGCAGCUGCUUCUUUGAGUAUUGAAACCAAUGGAAGCCAUGGAUACGAUGUCGACAUUAUUGCUUGGUUCGACCAUGUGUCAGAGAAAGCUGGCCUUGUUCAGACGGAGACUCUUCGCCGGAUUCUUGAACUCAACUGGGGUGUGGAAUAUCUCAAGAAAUGGUUAGGGGACAUCAAAAUCCAAGAUAUGGAUGCAUGUGCAUUGGAAUCUCUCUACACCUCUUUGGUGCCUCUUGCCUCCCAUGCAGAUUUGGAGCCUUAUAUUCAGAGAAUUGCAGAUGGGGACACAACUCCUCUACUCACUCAACAACCAAUAACCACUCUCUCUUUAAGCUCUGGAACCACAGAAGGGAGACAGAAGUUUGUUCCCUUCACUCGCCAUAGCUCCCAGACAACUCUUAAUAUUUUUAGCUUGGCAGCUGCUUACAGAUCAAGGGUCUAUCCGAUAAGGGAAGGAGGGAAGAUCCUAGAGUUGAUAUACAGCAGCAAACAGUUCAAAACGAAAGGAGGUUUAACAGUGGGAACAGCUACAACCCACUACUAUGCAAGUGAAGAGUUCAAGAUCAAGCAAGAAAAAACCAAGUCCUUCACAUGUAGCCCAGCAGAAGUCAUUUCUGGUGGAGACUACAAGCAAUCCACUUAUUGCCAUCUUCUUCUUGGUCUCUUCUUCUGUGAUCAAGUAGAGUUCAUAACCUCCACUUUUGCCUAUAGCAUAGUACAAGCCUUUGGAGCAUUUGAAGAGAUGUGGAAAGAGAUUUGCAAUGACAUUAAAGAAGGAAGUUUAAGUACAAGAAUCACCUUGCCUAAGAUGAGGACAUCUGUGUUGGAUAUCAUCUCAUCAUCUCCUAACCCAAGCUUAGCUUCAAGAAUUGAAGAAAACUGCAAGAAGCUAGAAAAUCUGGACUGGGUUGGUCUGAUUCCUAAAUUGUGGCCUAAUGCCAAGUAUGUAUACUCUAUAAUGACAGGGUCCAUGCAACCUUACAUGAAAAAACUAAGGCAUUAUGCUGGGGGUAUACCAUUAGUGAGCGCUGAUUAUGGAUCCACAGAGAGUUGGAUUGGGGUUAAUGUGGAUCCCUCUUUACCUCCAGAGAAUGUUACUUUUGCAGUAAUACCCACUUUUUCUUAUUUUGAGUUCAUGCCACUUUAUAGACAGAAUCAAGAUUUCAGUACAGCCAUUGAUGACUUCAUAGAAGAUGAGCCGGUUCCACUCUCUAAAGUUAAAGUUGGACAAGAGUAUGAGAUUGUUCUCACUACUUUUACUGGGCUUUAUAGAUGCAGAUUAGGAGAUGUAGUGGAAGUGGCUGGUUUCCACAAAGGGACCCCCAAACUGAACUUUAUAUGCAGGAGAAAGCUAAUACUAACAGUGAACAUUGACAAGAAUACUGAAAAGGACCUUCAACAAGUGGUGGAGAGGGGGUCUCAGCUACUGAACAAGGCUAGAGCAGAGCUUGUAGAUUUUACUAGCCAUGCUGAUGUGGUGAACCAACCUGGUCACUACGUAAUUUACUGGGAAAUCAAAGGAGAGGUAGAGGAGGGUGUUCUUAGAGAGUGUUGCAGAGAAAUGGAUGCUUCUUUUGUUGAUCAUGGUUAUGUGGUUUCAAGAAAAGCACAUUCAAUCGGACCACUAGAGCUUUGCAUUGUGGAAAGAGGAACUUUCAAGAAAAUCUUGGAUUAUUUCGUAGGAAAUGGCGCUGCACUUAGCCAAUUCAAGACUCCUAGGUGCACUAGCAACCAGGUCCUCCUCAGUAUUCUCAAUAUGUGUGCCAUUAAAAGGUUUAGCAGCACUGCAUAUGCCUAAAAAAAAUCCAAGUUUUUUUUUUUUUUUUUUUCCUUUCAUGGAUAUGACUUCUCAAUUAAUACUUUAUACAUAUAGUCGAAUACAUAUCUCGUAAUGAAAGAAAUCACUAUUCAAAUCCCUAA